CCAAACACAUCAAACAAACAAAACAACAAUGAAGGGCUUCAUCAUAAUCGCUGUGCUCGCUCUGGCCGCCGUCUCUCACGGAUCAUAUCUGCCAGCGGUGCAGUCGGUCCUUCCGUACGCCUACAGCUCCGGCCUCCAUGGCCUGGGUGCCUAUGAUGGUCUGGGUCAUUACUCGUCGCUCGGUGGACUGGGAUACUCAUCGGUGCUGGACCAUGGCCUCUCCUACCCGUACUCGUCCGCUGUUCCGUAUUCUGUCUACAACAACGGUCUGUAUGGAGGAUACUACGGUGCCAUGUACGCUCCGACUGUGGUCCAGGCCAACGUGAACACUCUGAAGACGGUCAGCCCGCUGGGUCUAUAUGGCGGAUACUACGGUGCCAAGUACGCCCCAACUGUGGUCCAGGCCAACGUGAACACUCUGAAGACGGUCAGCCCGCUGGGUCUGUAUGGAGGAUACGGUGUGGAGCACGGAUACGGACUCGGUCACGGAUACGGCUACGGAUACAACAACUACCUCCCAGUCCAGGGUCAUGCUGCGAAGUACGUUGCUGCCAACCCGGGAGCCGUCCAUGUGGCCCCUCUGCCAGGCCAUCUGGUCAACCAGAAGUCGAUUGUGGCGUAAAUGACUGUGAUCUCGAACGUUUAUGGAAUUGUAAAUAUGUUUAUGGAAUUGUAAAUAAAGGGAGCAUCCUAAUCAAAACUA